AUGCUCAGAAUUGAGACUGCGUCGCUGUCCGACUACUGUACACCCGCUUAUGCUGCAAGCGCGUUGCCAGUUCAGAACCUCGGCCUUGGUGUCACUAUCGACGCCUCGUCGGUGUCAGCGAUUCUCACAACUAACAAAUCAGUUAGCUCCGAUUGGUUCGAGGGUGCCGUCAUCGACUACUGCAAUAUCACGUUUGCUUAUUCUCACGAUGGGAUAGGUAAUGAUAUUGUUCACGUGUCAUAUCUGGUUCCGCCACCAGAUAAGUUCCUGAGCCGAUAUGUCUCCACCGGAGGAGGCGGAUUGGCUAUUAAUUCCGGGCUGUCGUUCAGUCCCGUCGGCGUCAUCUCCGGUGCCGUAUCCGGCAUGACGGAUGGAGGAUUUGGGAACUUCAACACCCAAUACGACAAAGUAUUCCUCUUGGCAAAUCAUACGGUCAAUUGGCAGGCAACGUACAUGUUUGGAUAUCAGGCCCACCACGAGCUAGCUACACUUGGAAAGCAGUUGACAAGAAACUUCUUCAACGUAUCCGAUAGCCAAAAGAUUUACUCCUACUAUCAAGGGUGUUCCGAAGGUGGCCGUGAGGGGUGGAGUCAAAUCCAACGUUUUGCCGAACAAUUUGACGGGCUUGUCACUGGUGCACCUGCAUUCCGCUUCAGUCAUCUGCAAACGAAUCAUUUAUCAGGCGGUGUCAUAGAAAAUUCUAUCGGUUACUUCCCGCCUCCUUGCGAGCUCGAGAAAAUCGUCAACUUAACGAUCGCUGCUUGCGAUGGCUUGGAUGGUAAGGUAGACGGGGUCGUUGCGAGAUCAGACCUCUGCAAGUUGAGCUUCGACUACAAUUCAACCAUAGGCCAGCCGUAUUACUGCCCGGCAUCUAACAGUGGGCUCCCGGGAGCUUCCUCUUCCGUGCGUCGGCGUCAGUUUCCGGGACUCAGCCCAACGCCUGAACAGAAUGGUACCAUUACCGCCGAAGGCGCAGCAGUCGCUUCUGCAUUCACAAAUGGCCUAAUAGACUCCAAGGGGAAGCGAAUAUACAUCAAUCCUCAACCCGGCUCUUCCUUCGCAGACGCCACAAACCAGUUCAAUGACGAGACGGGCAAAUGGGAACCCAUUCUCUCGGGCCUGGGACCGCAGUGGAUAACCCGAUAUCUCAACCUCGAACAGAAAGACUCACUUGAUAGCUUCGAGAAUAUUACCGCAGAUACGCUACGAGAUUGGAUGGCGCUCGGUAUGCACAAGUACCAAGACUCGCUCCAAACGACUUGGCCAGACCUCAACCCAUUCAAGACGGCCGGGGGUAAAGUCAUCCUCGUCCACGGGGAGGCAGAUUCUGCAAUCCCUGCCGCAUCUUCAAUUCACUAUUACGAUUCUGUCCGAACUACGAUGUACGAAGAUCUCAGUUACGACGAGAGCAUAGCUGCCAUGGACGAGUUUUAUCGCCUCUAUCUCGUCCCCGGCGGAUCUCAUUGUGGGAGUAACCGAGACCAGCCAGGCGGUGGUUGGCCCGCAACUACGCUCCAGGCAGUCAUCAAAUGGGCCGAGGAUGGAGUCGCGCCUGAGACGCUCGAUAACGUGGGCGAUAUCAACACCUUGUGUAAAUGGCCUCUCCGUCCAUUAUGGUCAAAUAACGGGACUCAAUUCGAUUGUGUAUAUGAUUCUAAGUCGACAGAAUCAUGGACUUAUACAUUUGAUGCCUUCAAAUACCCAGUCUAUUAG